AUGACGACCUAUACGAAGGAAAUAUUUGCGGAAAAUGCGCAGGAGGGCAGAUACCUGGAUAUAAAAUCAAAACAUGAUCAACCGGAUCUGCAAGUACGGGGCGGCAAAAUGGGUGGCGCCGGAAGUGCUGCAAACUUGGUGACGACUCGCGCUUCCUCGAGACGAGCCGCUGGUGAGCAGCUUCGUGAGCUCUUCAACUACCUACAGACGAGAUCAUGGAACGAAGCGGUGGGAAUUUUAAGGCGUAUCCGAGAAACGGCAGACCCUUUGGAGGUUGUCCGCCUUGUUAGGGAUGGCGAUCUUCUGUUACUCCACGCUGGGCCAGAGGAAAAGCAGAUGGUGUCUGUAGAGCCACAAAGCCCUUCCCAACACCCAAGCCGACUAAUCCCCAUCACAACCUCGCCUUGGACUACUGUUACUGACAGUAGUACCCUUAAACGCCUUAUCAGCAUAUUCUUCGAAAAAGACCAGCGAUUUCUCAUGUCAUUCAUUGAUAGGGAUAUGUUCCUCAAGGAUAUGCAAGCUGGCCCGCAGUCGUCUCAGAAUGGAUGGUUUUGCUCCGUGCUAUUAGUCAAUGCUAUUUGCGCCUUUACAGUGCGCUAUUAUGCCACAACCUUUGCAACCAACCCAACACAUAAAGGUGACCUAGGGGAGGCAUUCUUUUCUGAAUCGAAACGGCUGCUCGACUUGGAGGCUGGGAAACCCUCACUCCCAACUGCGCAGGCACUCCUCAUCAUGUUCUCGUACUGUUCCAUAAUGGGUCGCGACCGAGCGGGAAAUCUGUUUCGCGCCGCAGGUUACGAAAUGAUGAAGCGUGUAAUGCCAAGAGUUAAUGCGGCACUUUCGAACAACACUCAUGCGCCCGAAAAGCGUCGAGCCAUUUUAAAAGCCCUUUGGGGGAUGUUCUGUUUUGACAGUGUAUGUUCCUCAGUCUAUUUGCGGCCAUCGCUAUUUUCUACACCAGAGAUACCUCAUUUGUACGAGUUAGUCGAUAGGAUGGAGCAUUCCCAGAGUGAAUCUGGCGAGGGAGGGUCAGGCAAGGCGCGGAUAGGGUCCGAAAGGGAUGAUUUGACACUAAAGUAUGCUUGUGAUUUAUCCGAAAUCUUCAACAAGGCCAUGCUAAGGCCUCGCCUUAACGGACCUGGAGCUAGCAGUUCACAACUAGCGCAGCUUUACGACGAGUUGCAGAUGCUGCAAGCCAAGUUACCCAAGGAACAAGGAUACAAGGAGACUCACCACUACGAACAUUGCCACUUAUGGGCGUAUCACCACGUAGUGGCUGCCAACAUCGCGCGACUCGUUCAGAAUCACGACACGCAAAUGCUCUCCGAGGAGCACGCCCCUGCGGACAAUUUUGUUGGCCACUGCCAAGGCAUCAUACAGAAUAUUGAUCGCCAUCUUUAUCGGCACCCUUCCGAACGCGACGGCUCCCUGACUAUCCUUUAUUUCGCCUACACAUGCACAACGGCGCUGCUCGAUUAUGUCAACACCUCAGUUUCGGCGUCGCAGACAUUUACACGAGCUUGCCAAAUAAUUCACGAGGCAAAGGUAUAUCCGCUAUCAAACCUUCUUCUUGAAGGACUGGCAGCUGUUGCACAUCAAAUUAGUGUACAGCUACCAGAUGACACGGCGCCCUACUUCAGUAAUAUCCCCACGGACGAACUGGAGCAUGGGGAUAUUGCUCUUGGCUUCGCCGUGCCCAUACGCUACCAACUUUCCAAAUUGUUAAGCGAUGAAGAAUUGGAUUUCGAUCCAGAAGGUUUAGGGAUCGAACUGGGUGAUGUAAUUGCGCGAAGUAGAGCAAAUCGCAGAAUAUGA